AAAAAAAAGACUACGACUAAGUCGUCGUGUUUCUCCUUUCUCCCUCUCCCCCCCCUCUCUCUCUUUAUAUUUUUUUAUUAUUUUCAUUUUAGGGAGAGAAUAUGUCUCAAAGUAUUUGUGCUGACUGCAGUGUGUCAGAUCCUAGUUGGGCGUCCAUUAAUCAUGGUGUGUUGAUAUGUGAUGAGUGCUGUAGUGUCCACAGAAGUCUUGGACGUCAUAUCUCAUUCAUUCGCUCACUCCACAGCACCUGCUGGCCCCCUGCAAUGAGAGAGAUGGUUAGUACGUUAGUGCGUAAAGGCUCUAACUCAAUUUGGGAGCAUGCCCUUCACGACAGCUCCAAAGUCAAAAUAAAGAAACCGUCUCCAAGGGACAAGAUACAUCCUACGAAGCAUGAUUUUAUAGUGGCUAAGUACAAGCACCUGGCUUUAUUGCCACGAGCUUCUCUUAAAGAAUCACCUAACAUGAUAGAAGACUUGAGCAAACAACUCCAUGCGAGUGUAAGGACUAGUAAUCUUGAAACUUGUCUCCGCCUACUUUCCCUCGGAGCUGAUCCUAACUACCUCCAUUUGGAUCGUGGUAAUACUCCAGUUCAUGUAGCGGCUCAUGCUGGUCAGGCUAUGCAGGUGGAACUGUUACUAGUCCAUGGAGGGAACCCCACGGCACUAGACCUGCUAGGCCACACCCCUGAGGAGUGUGCCAGGAUAGCUGGACACCACCAGCUGGCCGACCGACUGAUUGAGUGUCAGUAUGAAUUGACUGAUAAACUCUCUCUCUUUGUGAGUGGGCGGAAACCAAUGCAUACCAUUGGAGAACACUUUCUAGUUCCGCCAGGAGUGAGCAUCAGUGGCCCUGUUAGUGAUGCAAGAGGUAAGCUUCAGGAGUUGAGUAAUGAACAGUUUGAGGAGCUAGCCUCUGAUGUUUAUGAUGAAGUGGAUAGAAGAGAAUGCGAUUCAAUUUGGUUAACGACUCAACAGCUCCAGAAUUCAAUUGCUUUUCUUCCUGUGAAUCCAACUUUAUCGUCUACUCGUAACCAAGGGCGACAGAAACUGGCCACACUGGAUUCAAACGAGUUUUGUCAGCUGGCGAUUGACAUCUUAUUGGACACUAAAGCAAGACAAGAACUGAGCAUUAAGACUGGUGAACGUUCCGGUACUAUAGUUCCUGCAGUGGGUGUGGCUAUGCCGGAACAUGAUUAUGAGGAUGUGCCUGUGGAAGGGGAUGCAGGUGUGGCUAGUCCUGAGACCACCCCUACCAGAGAUAAGAACCCUCGCUCUAAACUGACUCCGCCCGUAGAGAGCAUGUACAGUAUGAUUGGAUCCAGUGAUAUCGGGACCACACCCACACCACGCCCAUAUUCUUAUUCCUCGUCUCAAGACGAUAAUUAUAAUCGGCUCCGUGAAUCACAGAGACUCUCCAGUGAGGUUCAGGAUGAGGAGGGAUACAGUACUGUACCAUCAGAGACUAAGGGACCACUCCCUCCUCCUCCUUUGAAGCCACGCCCCCAGACUACAUACGCACGGUUACACAAUAAGGGCGGGGCUAAGAGUGAGAGGGCUAAGCCUGAAGGAGGAGAGGAAACGGUUAGUAAAGUGAAGUUUACUGUCGUCAUGGAGCAGUUAAGAAAAAUACAGCAAGAGAAGGAGGAGCUUGAAACACAAAAUGAAGUCUUAAAUCGAAAAGUAGCUGAACUACAGAAACAGCUAAAUAAGGUGAUAGAAGAGAACUCUGGUUUGCGUCGCUCGUCAAACGAGUCCAUCACUCCUAAAACCCCAACCUCUCCAGCCCCACCCACUAUUGUGGAACCAACAGAGACCGCACCUACUGUCACACCUCCAACUAAUGGGCAGAUUGACGAUAAUCAAUAUGCAGCAAUAGCUAAAAGAGCUAAACCUAAGCCGCCUCCUAAGACUGCCGUUAAGAAAGUUAUAUCUUUGCCGUCAGGAGAUGUCCCACCCACACACCCUAGUAAAACCACACCCACUACAGCGUCUCCGGUUCCUGUUCUUAAAAACAGGCAAUCAUUGUCUAGUUUUGAAAGCCACAGUCCAUCAUCGCCAGUUCCAACUGGUAAAGUGACUCCUCUUGAUGACGUCACAUUUGAUGAGAACCCUCGGCUGGUGGCCACACCUCCCCCUCCUCCCCCUCACAGGAAAUCCCAACAGUCUAUCCCGCCCCCUCACAUAAUUAAUCCCCCUACAGCUCUCCCUUCAAUGACAGAUAUACAGGCUUGUAUCAAGGAGACCACACAGUGUAUUCAAGUGUUGCUAAAAGCUGCUCAGUCACAGAGACAGAGCGAGUUUUCAUCCUGUUCACUAGCAAUAGCGACAACAAUCACCAAACUGACUGACCUCUUCCCUAAAUGGACAGAACCAGAGGAGGUCUAUGCUUCCAUUAAAGAGUUGGAAAGAGCCUCCACUCAUUUACAAAAGGAGUGUCAGACCCCGUCUCAGGAUGACCUUGCUUACCACACAAGACAAGUCAUGAAUGGAGCUUACGAUGUUGCUAAAGCAGCCCGAUUCCUUGUCACCUGUAUGGAGAAACUGUAACGUAUUCCUUUCACUAUAAACACCUUAACCCUAUUGAUAUUUUAGAAGGACAUUGCAACAUGAUAAUGUGGCAUGUUAUUAUUAUUAUUAUUAUUAUAUUAUUAUUAUUAUUAUUAUUAUUAUUAUUAUUAUUAUUAUUAUUAUUAUGCUCUCAUACAAGAAUUUCCUUUUUUAGUCCAUUGGCACAAUUAAGUUUUUGUCAUUAUUAAUUUUGCUAUUUUUUAGUAAAAAAAGAUUUUUGUAGUUUUUCAACAGAAAGAGUCAUUAAUAAACCUAACAAUUAACUCGUAAUUAACUUAAAAGUUUUUCAUAACAAAAGC